GAGAAAUGAUGUGAGGGAUGAAUGGGUGAUGAUGUGCUGAUGAAUGAUUGGACUGCUGCUCUCAGUGUUUCCUCUCCAGAUGAAGGUGUGGACUCUGCUAUGAGUCAGUGUGAGGACAGAGAGGAGGGAGUCCCUCCCUCUAAAGCCACUCUGUGUGGGGAACAUGACAGCCAGACCAAAGCUCAGAGGAUCCAUCAGAGACCAGACUGUCCUGAACCUGAACCCAGCUGUGUGUCCAUGAAGAGUGACCGGUCUAAGGGUCCUCCUUUAGACUUCAAAGAUGGACGCCACUCUGAUGAUCAAAGGAUCCAUCAGAGACCAGACUGUCCUGAACCUGAACCCAGCUGUGUGUCCAUGAAGAGUGACUGGUCUAUGGGUCCUCCUUUAGACUUCAAAGAUGGACGCCACUCUGAUGAUCAAAGGCAGCAGAGGAACCUGGAAGAACCUGAACCCAGCUGUGUGUCCAUGAAGAGUGACCAGUCUAUCGGUGGUUUAAUAGACUUCAAAGAUGGACGCCACUCUGUUGAUCAAAGAGUGAACCAGGAGAGCUCAGAGGUUCCCAGUGGUCAGUCUGCCCAGCAGCAUCAAACACACCUGGACUCCAUAUUUAUGCUGCUGGAGGAGGAGAUCGGGACUUUUGUGAAGAAUGAGCUGAAGAAGAUCCAGAAGGUUCUGAGUCCAGAUUACCCAGAAUGCUUAGAGAGUCAGAGGGAGGAUGAGGAGGUGUUGGACGGUGAGGAUGAAGAGCAGAGGAGGAGCAGCAGAGAGGCAUUUCUGAAGAUCACACUGCACUUCCUGAGGAGAAUGAAGCAGGAGGAGCUGGCUGACCGUCUGCAGAGCAGAAAUCCUGCUGCAGGUGGUAGGCGUAAACUUAAAUCUAACCAGCAGAAGAAGUUCCAGUGUGUGUUUGAGGGGAUUGCUAAAGCAGGAAACCCAACCGUUCUGAAUCAGAUGUUCACAGAGAUCUACAUCACAGAGGGAGGGGCUGCAGAGGUCAAUGAUGAACAUGAGGUCAGACAGAUUGAAACAGCAUCCAGGAAACCAGACAGACCAGAUACAAGAAUCAGACGAGAAGACAUCUUUAAAACCCCACCUGGAAGAGAUGUACCAAUCAGAACAGUGAUGACAAAGGGAGUGGCUGGCAUCGGGAAAACAGUCUUAACACAGAAGUUCACUCUGGACUGGGCUGAAGACAAAGCCAACCAGGACAUCCAGUUCACAUUUCCAUUCACCUUCAGAGAGCUGAAUGUGCUGAAAGAGAAAAAGUUCAGCUUGGUGGAACUUGUUGAAUACUUCUUUAGUGAAACCAAAGAAGCAGGAAUCUGCAGGUUUGAAGAGGUCAUGUUCAUCUUUGACGGUCUGGAUGAGUGUCGACUUCCUCUGGACUUCCUCAACACUGAGAUCCUGACUGAUGUUACAAAGUCCACCUCAGUGGAUGUGCUGCUGACAAACCUCAUCAGGGGGAAACUGCUUCCCUCUGCUCGCCUCUGGAUAACCACACGACCUGCAGCAGCCAAUCAGAUCCCUCCUGAGUGUGUUGACAUGGUGACAGAGGUCAGAGGGUUCACUGACCCACAGAAGAAGGAGUACUUCAGGAAGAGAUUCAGAGAUGAGGAGCAGGCCAGCAGAAUCAUCUCCCACAUCAAGACAUCACGAAGCCUUCACAUCAUGUGCCACAUCCCAGUCUUCUGCUGGAUCACUGCUACAGUUCUGGAGGAUGUGUUGAAGACCAGAGAGGGAGGAGAGCUGCCCAAGACCCUGACUGAGAUGUACAUCCACUUCCUGGUGGUUCAGUCCAAAGUGAAGAACAUCAAGUAUGAUGGAGGAGCUGAGACAGAUCCACACUGGAGUCCAGAGAGUAGGAAGAUGAUCAAGUCUAUGGGAAAACUGGCUUUCGAGCAGCUGCAGAAAGGCAACCUGAUCUUCUAUGAAUCAGACCUGACAGAGUGUGGCAUCGAUAUCAGAGCAGCCUCAGUGUACUCAGGAGUGUUCACACAGAUCUUUAAAGAGGAGAGAGGUCUGUACCAGGACAAGGUGUUCAGCUUCGUCCAUCUGAGUGUUCAGGAGUUUCUGGCUGCUCUUCAUGUCCAUCUGACAUUCACCAACUCUGGAGUCAACCUGCUGUCAGAAGAACAAACAACAUCAACAGGUUUCUACCAGAGUGCUGUGGACAAGGCCUUACAGAGUCCAAAUGGACACCUGGACUUGUUCCUCCGCUUCCUCCUGGGUCUUUCACUGCAGACCAAUCAGACUCUUCUACGAGGUUUGCUGACACAGACAGGAAGUAGCUCAAAGACCAAUCAGAAAACAGUCAAGUACAUCAAGAAGAAGAUCACUAAGAAUCUGUCUGCAGAGAGAAGCAUCAAUCUGUUCCACUGUCUGAAUGAACUGAAUGAUCGUUCUUUAGUGGAGCAGAUCCAACGGUCCCUGAGUUCAGGAAGUCUCUCCACAGAUAAACUGUCUCCUGCUCAGUGGUCAGCUCUGGUCUUCAUCUUACUGUCAUCAGAAGAAGAUAUGGAUGGGUUUGACCUGAAGAAAUACUCUGCUUCAGAGGAGGCUCUUCUGAGGCUGCUGCCAGUGGUCAAAGCCUCCAACAAAGCUCUACUGAGUGGCUGUAACCUGUCAGAGAAAAGCUGUGAGGCUCUGUCCUCAGUUCUCAGCUCCCAGUCCUCUAGUCUGAGAGAGCUGGACCUGAGUAACAACAACCUGCAGGAUUCAGGAGUGGAGCAGCUGUCGGCUGGACUGAAGAGUCCACACUGCAUACUUGAAACCCUCAGGUUAGUUGGCUGUAACCUGUCAGAGAGAAGCUGUGAAGCGCUGUCCUCAGUUCUCAGCUCCCAGUCCUCUAGUCUGAGAGAGCUGGACCUGAGUAACAAUAACCUGCAGGAUCCAGGAGUGAAGCAGCUGUCGGCUGGACUGAAGAGUCCACACUGCAGACUGGAAACUCUCAGGUUAAUUGGCUGUAACCUGUCAGAGAGAAGCUGUGAAAUUCUGUCCUCAGUUCUCAGCUCCCAGUCCUCUAGUCUGAGAGAGCUGGACCUGAGUAACAACAACCUGCAGGAUUCAGGAGUGAAGCAGCUGUCGGCUGGACUGAAGAGUCCACACUGCAGACUGGAAACUCUCAGACUGAGUGGCUGUAAGCUGUCAGAGAGAAGCUGUGAAGCUCUGUCCUCAGUUCUCAGCUCCCAGACCUCUAGUCUGAGAGAGCUGGACCUGAGUAACAACGAGCUGCAGGAUUCAGGAGUGAAGCAGCUGUCGGCUGGACUGAAGAGUCCACACUGCAGACUGGAAACUCUCAGACUGAGUGGCUGUAAGCUGUCAGAGAGAAGCUGUGAAGCUCUGUCCUCAGUUCUCAGCUCCCAGUCCUCUAGUCUGAGAGAGCUGGACCUGAGUAACAAUGAGCUGCAGGAUUCAGGAGUGAAGCAGCUGUCGGCUGGACUGAAGAGUCCACACUGCAGACUGGAAACUCUCAGUCUGUCAGGCUGUCUGGUCUCAGAGGAAGGUUCUACUUCUCUCGCCUCAGCUCUGAGCUCCAACCCCUCCAAUCUGAGAGUGCUGGACCUGAGCUACAAUCAUCCAGGAGACUCAGGAGUGAAGCUGCUGUCAGCUGGACUUAAGGAUCCAAACUGGAGACUGGAAAUUCUCAGGAUGGACCAUGGUGGACUGCAGUGGUUGAAACCUGGUCUGAGGAAGUAUGUCUGUGAACUGGAACUGGACACAAACACAUUAAACGGAAAACUCAAACUGUCUGACAGCAACAGGAAGGUGACAAAUGUGGGAGGGGAUCAGUCAUAUCCUGAUCAUCCAGAAAGAUUUGACUUCUGGUCUCAGCUGCUGUGUAGAGAUGGUCUGACUGGUCACUGUUACUGGGAGGUCGAGAAGAGAGGAAGAGUUUAUAUAUCAGUGAGUUACAGAGAAAUCAUCAGGAGAGGAGGCAGUAAAGACUGUGUGUUUGGAGGGAAUGAUCAGUCCUGGAGUCUGAGGUGCGAUGAUGUUGGUUACUCUGUCUGGCACAAUAACAGCUAUACAGCCCUCCUUUCCUCCUCUGUCUCUGAUAGAGUAGCAGUGUAUGUGGACUGUCCUGCUGGCUCUCUGUCCUUCUACUCAGUCUCCUCUGACUCACUGAUCCUCCUCUACACCUUCAACACCACAUUCACUCAGCCUCUCUAUCCUGGGUUUUUGCUCUGGUCAGCUGUGGGUUGGUCUGGUUCCUCAUUGUCUCUGUGUCCUCUGCAGGACUGAGAGUCUCUCCUGUGGACAGAAACACUGACUGAAGAUCAGCUGCUGAAAUCAAAGUUCAGUCUGUUCACCAUCACACACUACAGACCAAACAUUAAUAAUUUUUGCCAAUAAAUCACAUGUCAAUUUAAACAUUGGAGCCCACCUAUCUCUAUUCUCCUUUUCACACCAAAUCCGAAACUUUCACUUGUUUAGUCUUCCACAACUUUUUAGGUUUCUGCAGAUUU